AUGCCUCGCGCACGCUCCAGUAAAGCUGCAUUGACAGCGAGAAACCCUCCAUCCCCGCCAUUGUCGGAAAAGAAUACCAUCCCAGCCCACAAGCCUCCGCCAAUCACCGACAACACAAGCCUACUGAGCUCCCAGCAAAGCGACAUCGCAGAUACGAUUCCCUUUGAUGAAGACGAGGAGGUGCUCGAGGAGACUGAGCACACCACGGACACGGAGACAGAUAAACCCAAGAAGCCCGUCUACGCUGGCGGCUACAACGCCCUGAAGUCGUUCCAGGGCCAGGUCUACUCCGGCAUGGCAGUCGGUGGAUCCCACACCUGGACCUACGACGAGGGUAGAUGGAAAGAAACCAAAGAAGAGCCGGAUCUGUGGCGAAUAGACUAUAGGACCAACAAGCGUCGCGCGCGCAAGGCGCCGCAGGGAAGUGGCGCCCCUGUCGGAACGGAGUAUCGCUGGUUGGUUGUGGCGCACCAGCAUGUGAAGAAGGUCGAUGCGAACACGUACGAGACGCACCUGACGGGUUCGAAGUACAAACUGGCGUAUAAAUCCGCGUCGUCGAAUUCGUGGUCGAUCCCUACGGUGAAGAAACAGCGGGAGAGGGAGGUGGAGCUGCUGGAGGACGCGAAGAAGCGGGUUCAAAGGCUGCCACCGGUGUUGGCAACGGAGAAGGUCAAGGUUGAGAAGCGCGAGAAGGGCCAGCAGAGCUUGGAGAGUCUGUUUAGCAAGGCAGCGAGUGCGGCCUCAGACUCGGGGUCGAAAAAGAGGAAAAUCGAUAGAACCUAG